AUGAGCUUCGCAGAGCUUUUGGAACAUGUGGGCAGCAUGGGACGGUUCCAGAUCAUCUACGUAACCCUGUUGUCCCUCCCGGUGUUGCUGAUGGCAAGCCAUAUGAUGCUGCAGAACUUCACGGCAGCCCUCGGUGACCACCAUUGCGUGGUCCGCUAUGAAGAUGGCCCUGGAAACCAAAGCUUGGGAGAAGAGGAACUCCUUACUGUCGCCAUCCCUCGGGACGAACGGAAACGUCCCGAACAGUGUCGCCGCUUUGUCCGGCACCAGUGGUGGCUCUUGAAUACCAGCAUCCUCAAUGGGACUCACAACGAGGCUUACAACGGGACCAACCUGGAAACGGAGCCGUGCCGCGACGGAUGGUUUUACGACCGCAGCGUCUUCUCAAAUACCUUCGUCAUGGAGUGGGACCUGGUUUGCUCUUCAAGGACCCUGAAAGAAAUGGCCCAGUCGAUCUACAUGGCUGGCGUAUUGGUCGGAGGCGUCAUAUUUGGUGGCCUUUCAGACAAGUUUGGACGCCGGCUGAUCCUCAUCUGGUCCUACCUGCAGCUGGCCAUCUCUGGGACGGUGACGGCCUUCUCCCCCAACUUCAGUGUCUAUUGCGUCUUCCGCUUCCUGACAGGAAUGGCCUACUCAGGCGUCGUCCUCAAUUGUGUCUCUAUUUGCGUGGAAUGGACGCCCACCAGGACAAGGCCCAUACUGGGCGCUCUGACCGGCUAUUCCUACACCACUGGACAGAUUCUCUUGGCAGGUCUGGCGUACCUCGUUCCAGAAUGGCGUCACUUGCAACUGGCCGUCUCCUUGCCGUAUUUCCUCUUCUUUUUCUACUCCUGGUGGUUUGCCGAAUCGGCCCGCUGGCUUGUGACGGCUAACAAGCUAGAUUGGGCCACGAAGGAGCUGAAGAGGGUGGCCAGGAUCAACGGGAAGCCCGAAGUGGCCAACAAGCUGACCACUGAGUUCUUGAGGUCUCACAUGAAAGAAGAAAUGGCUUCUUUGAAAGCAAGCUAUUCCAUUUUGGACCUGGUGCGGACGCCCACCAUGCGCCGUAUUUCCUGCUGCUUGUCCUUUGUGUGGUUCUCCACCAGCUUCGCCUACUAUGGACUGGUCAUGGACUUGCAGAACUUUGGUACCAACAUCUAUUUGACCCUCCUCAUUUUCGGAGCGGUUGACUUCCCCGCCAAGUUCGUCUCGGUGCUCACUAUCAGUUACAUUGGCCGCCGCCCGACCCAAGCUGCUUCCCUGAUCUUGGCUGGACUAACCAUCCUGGCCAAUAUCAACAUCCCUCAAGAGAUGCCAACCUUGAGAACUGCUCUUGCUGUCCUUGGGAAAGGCUGCUUGUCUGCCUCAUUCAACUGCGUCUAUUUAUACACCGGAGAACUUUACCCAACGGUGCUCAGGCAGACCGGCAUGGGACAUGGCAACACGAUGGCCCGCCUGGGGGGAAUGGUAGCCCCCUUGGUGAAGUUGUCUGGCGAGUUCAUCCCUUUCCUGCCCCACUUGAUCUAUGGAGCUGCUCCCAUCAUCUCUGGGGUUGCCGCUGCCUUCCUACCAGAGACGCGCAACGUCCACCUCCCGGAAACAAUAGAACAGGUGGAGAGCAAAUCCCAGCAGCAGAAGGAAAAGUCACAGCAAGAACCCCUCAGUCACCAAAUGCAGACUCUACUCCAAUCCACUAAACCCACAACAUAA